UGAUAUUCCUUCAUGAGGUGAAGGUACGCUUCCACAAUCUCCUCCGCCAUACCAGUCUUGCCCGCCGUCAUAUACUUCUGCAUCUCGUACGAGACUCGACGUUAUAGGCUGCGAUAACUCCUGCCGGUGGAAACGGAGAUACGCAACAUGGGCACUAAUGCAUGACGUUCCUCGUAUCUCAACAUGGUGGAAAUUUCUCGCUCUUCCAUUUAGCCCGGAAUAGUCAAUUGAGUCUCGUACUAUAAAUGACUUCGGCAGUUUUCUUGCAAUGCCAGUCAAAUUCGCAGCUCCUUCAUCACUCUAGAUAAACCUGCACCUUCAUAAAUCAUUCAGAAUGACUAGCACUGUGAAAAACGAAGCUGCCUGGAUCAAAUCCGCCUCCCAAUACCCUUUGGUUAUCGAGGAGGGUCAGCUGCCCAAAGCAGGUCCGGGAGAGAUUGUCAUCAAGAAUGCUGCAGUAUCUAUCAACCCAAUUGAUUGGAAAAUCCAAGCCUAUGGAUUCUAUUUCUCUAAGUACCCACACAUCUUGGGUACCGAUGUGGCUGGUCACGUAGAAAUGGUCGGGUCCGGCGUCACUCGCCUCGCGAAAGGCGAUCGAGUCAUUGCCCACUGCCAUGGCCUACAUACGAAGAACCCUGCCAAUGGCGGCUUCCAGAACUACACCGUGGCUACGGAUGCGCUGAUCUCCCCGAUCCCUGACUCCCUAAGCUUCGAGCAGGCUGUUGUCCUCCCUCUCGCCCUCUCGACUGCUUGCGCCGGUCUUUAUCCAAAGCACUUGCUGAACCUUCCAUUGCCGUCUGUCAUCAAGCCCGAAAAGACAGGCAAGACAAUCUUAAUCUGGGGUGGUGCUUCCUCCGUCGGAGCGACUGCCAUCCAGCUUGCAACGUUUUCGGGCGUGAGAGUGGUUACCACAGCAUCUGCCGCUAAUCACAGUUUCGUCAAAUCACUUGGUGCUGACGCUGUCUUUGACUACAAGUCGUCCACGGUCAUCGAGGACGUUACCCACGCCCUUACCGGGACUGACUUUGCCGGCGUCUACGAUGCCGUAAGCAUGGAUUCUAGUUUCGAUGCCGUAGCCUCUAUCUUGGACAACCUUGGCCACAAGCAACCCGUGGCCACAGUCCUACCUGGAAACAAGAAUAUUGAGCGUUACAAUGCUGAGUAUGUGCUUGCCUUUGCCACUAUCCAGGAACCUCAUCAGUAUAUCGGCGUAUGGAUCUGGAAGACCUUCAUCUUUCAAGCACUAGCCAACGGAUCAUUCCAGGCCAAACCUGAUCCUCUCGUAGCUGGCCACGGCGUGAGGGAUAUCCAGAAGGCGCUUGAUCUACAGCGAGAGGGUGUUUCCGCCAAGAAGGUCGUGGUCACCUUCUAGAGCGAUGCAUUAUAAAUCCAUAGCUGUCACUGCAAAGCAUUGCCAAUAAAAACAUUGUUUGCAUAGCAAGCC